AUGACCCCUCCAACCCCAAUCCCAAUCCCCCGCUUCGCCACAACCCAACUCGCCCUCCUCCACGAAGAACACGCCGCCGAAGUCUCCUCCUCAAAACUCGCCAGCACAGCUGCAACAGUCUCGCCAUCAACCCGCCGAACUCUCCAAGCAACUGGCUAUGCCCUAACAGGCCUGAUCCUCUCACAAUGCCGAACCGGUCUCGGCGGGCGCGUCGUCGGCGAGUUCGCCCCGGACCCAGCAGUUGCGUCAGAAGAGUCCCGGUCCGCGGAUGGAACGCCUCGACUUGGGUCGCAUGGGAUUCGCGUCGGGGAUGUUGUAAGGGUUAGUGAUAUUGCGGGGUCAGGGAAGAGGGCCGGCGGAAAGGACAAAGAUAGAGAGAGAGAGAAAGAUACGGAGAAGGGGGUUGAGGGCGUUGUCACGCGUACUGGUGAUCGCGCUGUGUGGAUUGCGUUUGGGCGGCAGGGUGGUGGGGGGAUGUCCAAGGAGGAGGAUGAGGCUGUGGAGGAGCUUUGGGGGAAGAAGGUGUGGGCUAUGAAGCUAGCUAAUGAUGUUACGUAUAGGAGGAUGAGGCAAACUAUGGAGAAGAUGGUCAAGAUGACGGAGACAGAAUACUCGCAUUUCAUGCGUGUUGCGUUUGGGCAUACGACACCGCUACAGCUGGAUUCGGAGGCGUGUGGACCUGUGGAAUUUACCGAUCCCACGCUCAAUGAUUCGCAGAAAGAUGCUAUUCGGUUUGCGCUGGCGGCGCGGGACAUUGCUUUGAUUCACGGUCCGCCGGGGACGGGAAAGACACAUACGCUUAUUGAACUGAUUUUGCAAUUGGUUCGGCGGAAAAAGCGCGUUCUAGUGUGUGGCCCGUCGAAUGUUUCUGUUGAUAAUAUCGUGGAACGUCUGGCUCCCAAGAAGGUUCCUGUUGUGCGUAUUGGUCAUCCGGCUCGUCUGCUGCCUUCCGUUCUUGAGCAUUCUCUUGAAGUCCUUACGCAGACCUCUGAUGCUGGGGGAAUCGUGAAGGACAUUCGCAAAGAGAUUGAUGAGAAACAGGCAAGUAUCCGCAAGACCCGGUCUGGUCGCGAACGACGAGGUAUUUACGAUGAUUUGAAGUUACUUCGGAAGGAGUUCCGACAGCGGGAGUCCAAAUGCGUGGACAACCUGGUGCGCGAGAGUAGCGUGGUGCUGGCUACCCUUCACGGUGCUGGAGGUCAUCAACUCAAGAACCAGAAAUUUGAUGUCGUUAUUAUUGAUGAGGCGAGUCAAGCUCUUGAAGCGCAAUGCUGGAUUUCUCUUCUGGGUGCAGAGAAGGUGGUUCUUGCUGGUGACCAUCUGCAAUUACCACCGACCGUUAAAUCCACUGGACAGAAGCCUAAGGAAAAUAAUUCCAAAGGCACCGAGGACAAGACGGACACCAAUACCGAUAUGGAGAUAUUGAAGGGUGUUUCUCUCGAACGCACAUUGUUCGACCGUUUAUUAGCCCUGCAUGGACCGGGGAUCAAACGCAUGUUGACCACUCAAUAUCGCAUGCAUGAGAAGAUUAUGCGAUUCCCCUCAGACGAACUCUACGAGGGCAAGCUGAUCGCCAGCGAUGCAGUCAAAGACCGUCUACUAAUCGACCUACCCUACGACGUAGAGGGCACAGACGACACGCAGGAACCCCUGGUAUUCUGGGACACGCAAGGUGGAGAUUUCCCCGAAAAGGCAGAAGAUGAAAUAAGUAAAAAAGGAGUCUUGCUUGGAGAUAGCAAAAGCAACGAGAUGGAAGCCAUGGUGGUCGCCAGACACGUGGACAAUUUGAUUAAUGCGGGCGUCAGACCCGAGAGCGUUGCCGUUAUCACCCCCUACAACGGACAAUUGGCUCUACUGUCGCGCAUACUACGAGAGAAGUACCCCGGUCUUGAACUUGGCAGCGUGGAUGGAUUCCAGGGCCGCGAGAAAGAAGCCGUCGUGGUGAGCCUGGUGCGCAGCAAUGCGGAACGAGAAGUGGGUUUCCUGGGCGAGAAGCGACGAUUAAAUGUGGCCAUGACGCGGCCCAAGCGGCAUUUGUGUAUCUGCGGAGAUUCGGAGACGAUCAGUCAGUAA